ACAGUGUUCCCGAGCGGGGGGGGGGCACAGCUGCCCCAGCUCCUUGCUCCUGUGGUGCUGAACACCAGCUACCAGCCCCCCCUCAUGGUGUGGGGCAGCUGGCUUGGGGUGUGCUGGCGUCCCAGCCCUGAGUCCCAUAUGGAGUUAAUUGCAAUUUUCUCCCCGGGGCCAUUUCUUUAAUAACAAGCUCCCCCCCCCCCCCAACACCUCCCUUUCACACCACAUCAAAGGUGGAACAUGAAAGGUCGCCGGCACCGCGCGGAGCAAGGGUGGCUGCCUCAGCACCUUGAUGUCGGAGGAGUUGCCUGGCGGCCGGCAGCUUGCUGGGCUCCUGCUUUGCCAGGCUGUGGGGCUGGGAUGGGGAAGUAGCGGCUGUGCGGCGAGGGAGGUGCCAUGGGGGGGCUGCUCCCUGCCCCGUGGGGUCUGGCUCAGAGCCCCUGGGCACUGGCAGCAUCGCCAGGAGGGUGGCAGUGCUGCUGGGGUCCCUGCUGGGUGCUCGGCCCCAUCCAGUUCCCUCCACGGUGCCGAUCCGGGGCGCUGCGUGCCUGGUGCCCCGGGCCCUGGCCAGACGCCCGGGCUCCCCAAACGGUGCCAGGGGCAGUUUCCAGGGUGGGGCGUCUGCACGCGCAGCCUUGCCCGUUGCCUGCCGAGCCCUGCCGGGCAGCCAUGGGAAGCUGCGCUGCGGGCACGGGUGCCAAGGGGUCCCUGAGCUCUUCUCCGGAGCGUCGUGCACCAGGAUUCACUGGGAAAGAAGGGAAAGGGGCCGUGGCGGUCCCAGGGGAGCAGGGCGAAGAGGAGGCUGCUCGUCCCUCCAAAAGCAGCAGGGUGGUGGCACCCGGGGGUGCAGGGGGGUCCCCUUGCCGCAGCGUGGCCACCAGAUCUCUGCCGAGCCAGGCGAUGGAGCCAGGUCUGGUCGUCAUCCCGGGGCUGCUGCGGCAUCUCGGUGUGGAGCCAGCGCCUCGCAGCGCCGGUUGCCUGCGGCGGGAGGGCUACACGGUGCAGGUGAACGUCAACGACUACCUGGACAUCUACUGCCCGCACUACAACGCCUCGGUGCCCGAGCACAGGCUGGAGCAGUACGUGCUGUACAUGGUGAACGCGGAGGGCUACCGCACCUGCAACACCAGCCAGGGCUUCAAGCGCUGGGAGUGCAACCGGCCCCACGCGCCCCACAGCCCCAUCAAGUUCUCGGAGAAGUUCCAGCGCUACAGCGCCUUCUCGCUGGGCUACGAGUUCCGCGCGGGGCAGGAGUACUACUACAUCUCCACACCGACACACAACCACCACCGGGCCUGCCUGAAGAUGAAGGUGUUCGUGUGCUGUGCCUCCACGUCGCACUCCGGGGAGAAGCUGGCGCCCACCCUGCCACAGUUCACCCUGCGGCCCGAGGUUAAGAUCGAGGACCUGGAAAACUUCAACCCAGAGAUCCCCAAGCUGGAGAAGAGCAUCAGUGGCACCAGCCCCAAGAGGGAACACUUGCCCCUGGCUGUGGCUGCAGCCCUCCUCCUAAUGACACUGCUGGCCUCCUAGCUCCGAGCACGGCAGGGGCCCGGCCGGAGCGGCACCGCGGAGCGGGGACCCCUUGUCCCCCCGACCUGCUGCUGUCUGCCAGGAUGGAGCUGCCCCGGGAGCUGUGCCCGGCCCCUCUGCACCGUCAGCGCCUCCAGCCCAGGGACCCUUCCCGUGCGGGGCAGGGGAUGGUGGCACGCGCCAAGCCCCGCUGGGACCUGCAUGGGACUCGCCCCCACCCACGUCUCCAACCCCUGCUGGGGGGACUCAGCUGGGUGCUGCCGCCUCCCACUGAUGCCGUCCCGCAGCGUGGAGCCCCCAGCCCUGCCCGGGGGCUGCUGCGGCCCCCCAGGCGUCCCAUGGCUGGGAGCAGCGCUGAGCCCCGUGAGGGCAGGGCGCCGGGGCCGGGCAGCCUGUACAUACCUAUAUAGAGAUCUAUACAUACUGUACAGAGAGCGACUAUAUAGAUAUAUCUAUAAUGUACCAUAGGCAGCGGCGCUGGCCCCGGGCUGGCUUGUACAUAGUCAAACGUGUUGGAUUUUCCUCGUCUUCCGUGAAGACCCGACCUAUGCAAACGCACAGACACUUUUUGGGGAAAAAAAAAAAAAAAAAAAAAAAAAAACAAUCUUGACCUUUUUUUCAAAGUGCUUUGGCUGGUGAUUUUCAUAUUCUGCUCUUAGUCUAUAAAAAAAAAGGAAAAAAAAUAAAAGGAUUAAAAAAAAAA